UGUCAACUGAGCAUGGUUCUGGAUGAGAAUAAUCGUCUGGGCGCUGAUUAUAUGGCUGUGAGGAUUCGCAUAUUCUCUGGUGUUCUUGCUCUGGAUUAGGAUUUUGAUCUAUCUUUGUGCAGCCUAUUGCCUUGGGCUUCAUCCUUUGAGUGCUUUGGAUGAAGCAUGGCUCCUUGAUUCGAAAGUGAAUAAGUGUCAGCCAGUUUGAUAUGUCACUUUUGAUAAGAACGAUGCUAAGGCUAUCAGAAAUGCCAUUCUUGAAAGACUUGUGGGGAAUUGUGUCAGGUUGAGGUGCUGCAUCACAAGAUUUUUAGGUCAUAACUUUAUGAAAGAGCUUCCAAGAGAAGAAAUUGAAAAAUGCCUUGAAAUUCUUGACGAGAAUGAACACCAUCUACACACAGAAAAAGACCUUGGAGACUUUCUUUCUAAAACAAUCAACGAUCCGAUUCCUCUUUCGACUCCGCAAUGGAGAAUGUGGCUUUAUGAGAACUACAGUGAAACUCAAUCUGCUCUUUUAUUUAAAGAGCAUCAUGUAAUGGCAGAUGGUCUUGGGAUUCUUGAGAUUAUCUUAUUGAUUGUUGAUGAAUUCAAGCCAGAAGCAAUCAUUGACUUCAGACCAACCAGUUGGCUCAAACAAAUGUUUCUUUACCUUAUAUCUCCUUUGUUCAUAUUCUAUUAUCUGAUUCCUAUCUUGUGUAAAAGAAGAGAUAGAUCCUCAAUAACAAAUGUUCCCUUAAGUGGAGAAAGACAAUUCGCUAUAGGAAAAAGAUUCUCCCUUGAAGAUAUGAAGAGAUCUUCUAGAGAUCUAGGAGUUUCUAUGAAUGACCUUGCUGCUGGAGCUUUAAGUAGAGGAUUGGCUGAAUAUUUGGCAGACCAAAAAGAUAUAGAUCAUUCAAAAACAUUAACUGCUAUGGUUCCUGUCAAUCUUAGAACAAAGAAGGUAAGAAAGCCGAGCGAUGUUAAGCUGCAGAAUAACUUUACUCUUGUUUUACUUGAUUUUAAGAUGGGUCAAACUCUUGAAGAUGAAAUUAAGAGAGUCAACAGAUUGAUGAAGAAAGCUAAAAGCUCCAUUAAGCCACUUACGACAAUGUUUAUUCAACAGCUUAUCAUCAGGUUCCUUCCUUUGUUUAUCACAAAACCACUGAUGGAUUAUACUGCAGGUAAAUGAACUCUAGCUUUUUCGAAUGUUCCUGGAUUCAAAGAGGAUCUUACAGUGCUAGGGAGCAGAGCAAAUGAGUUGCUCUUCUUCACUCCAUGAAUGAGUAAGAUUGGAGUAGGAGUCUCAAUGGUCAGCCAUGUCGACUACUUUAAGAUGGGAAUAUCAGCAGACACCAAUGUUGUCAAAGAUCCCUACUUAUUGCUGGACAAAAUAGAGAAGAACAUCCAGAAAUGAAUUAACUUGGAACUCCAUAGUGACGAAACUUUCUCUCUCCCAUAACCCAUCCCAUGAUCCUAUUUUCAAUUUUUUGCCAUAA